AUGGUAAAAAUGGAAAUAAUUCAGCAGCAACCCCAAGUGGUGCAACAGCCGCAGGUGGUGCAACAACCCCAAGUGGUUGAACAGCCCCAACAGCAGCAAGUGGUUGUACAGCAGCCUGUUCAAACUGUCCAACAACAACAGCCUGUUCAAACUGUCCAACAACAGCCUGUUCAAACUGUCCAACAACAGCCUGUCCAGCAGCAAACAGUUGUUCAACAACCCGUUCAGCAGACUCAACCACAGCAGAAUCAGGGACCUAAUUAUCAGGUUACGGGAACAUUUUUAUUGCAACAAGCCCAAACAGUUGAAGAUCCUGUGUACGUUUUACCGGAAAACAAAUCAGAGGUGCAACAAGAUUCAACCUCUUUACCCACAAAUGACGAUGACGACGGUUUACCGCCCCUAACUUUGCUACUUCCUCAAUCACGUCCUCUUAUUUAUCCUGCUAAUAGUCUGUCGCCGAUAAUCCUUCAACAAAUUCCUCAAGCACCAACAAUAACUCCUCAACAAAUUCCGGGAACUUCGCAAACACCGCACCGGGUGACAACAACUAAGCCACCGACUACCCAACAACCUCCAACGACCCAGCAACCUCCCAUGACCUGUAAUGCCUGGUACAAAUCGACUUUAUUCAACUGUUCAACAACCUGUCCCUUGUCAAGUACUGAUGCAACCCAUUGCGGCCCAGAAUCGGUACCAGCAACGGACGCCUUCACAUUGAACUCAUUUCCGCUCGAGGCAUUGUUAUGGUUAACCAAACUCCUCGGUGUUUCGGCCAAUUNGCACUUCAAAAUUGGCCUAAUCAGGCGCAGUCUCAACUUCAGCCUCAACUGGUUCAAUCACAACCCCAGCAACCCCAACAAACGCAGCAGGAUCAGCAACAACCCCAGCAGGCUCAGCCACAACCUCAGCAAGAUCAGCAACAACCCCAGCAGGUUCAGCAACAACCCCAGCAGGAUCAGCAACAACCCCAGCAGGUUCAGCAACAACCCCAGCAGGUUCAGCAACAACCCCAACAGGAUCAGCAACAAAAAGAUAUUUAUUUAA